UGUUGGUAACUGUUGCAUUCAACGCUUCGCUUCGCUCUCCAACCGAAAAUAUAUUAGAUUGUAAAUUGUACACGACCAUCGAGCGCUCGUUGUUUCAUUCCCGUUUCAUUCGUACGUUCGUGCGUUCGGUUCGUUUGCUCGUUCGUUCGUUCGUUCGCUCGUUCGCUCGUUCGACUUCGGUUCGCUUGUGUUUUUUUCCGUCAAUCUUUUGCGCCCACACGCUGCUCGUGUGUGUUUUAUUGCCGGUCUAAAGCCGAACGUCAUCGUCAUCAAAUCCAUAACGUCAUUUCGGUUCUGAGCUGCGUCUGCUCCUGUGCGUGUGUAUCUUGUAGCUGUGCCUGCCACACUCUAACUGUAACUGCAACUGUAACUGUAACUGUAGCUGCAUCCGUAUCAGUGCAUCCCCCAUACCACCCCACCAUAGAUAGAACCGCAAGUCAGCCGGACUUGCGUCUUUCGCGUUGCUUUUCGGCGCGCAAAGUUCAAACAGCAGCUAUAUUAAACCCUAAAUAAAUAUAAUAAUAAUAAAAAAUAAUAAUAAUAAAAAUAUACUGUGCAAAUAUUUCACUUUUUGGGAGUCGAGGAAACCCGCUUCAAAUAUUUUUUGUCGUCAUCAAGUGUGUUGACAGUGCGCGCUAAAAGUAAACACACACACACACACUCACUCACACACACAUAUACAUAAAAUACAAGCACAAGCACAAGCACAUUCCUUGCACACACACACACACACACAGUGAAAUUUUUCAACGGCCGUAAAGUGUUCAGUGCUGCGCUCCCCCUCCUCAGCCCCCCUUAUUUCUCACUUCAACUAAAGCGACACAUUUUAUGCUUGAAAAGCCAAAGCACAACAGCAACAACAACAACAACAACAGCAGUGAGAAAAAUCACUAAGCUCUCUGCCAAGCAAAAAUAUAAAAAAAUAAUAAUAAAAAAAGCGCCUUUUGCCCUGUGGCAAAAGUAACAUAAAAUACUUAUUAAAGGUGCGCCACAUAUAAGGAUUAAAGGAGCAACAACCGCAAGCCAACAACAACAACAACAAUAACAACAACAAGUCUACAAAAUGUCACGGAUCGUUUUUGUAUUUCUAGCAGCCAUUUUAGCAGAUGCGCUCAGCUUUGGCCAGGUGAAUGUGGAACCGAACACAGCGCUCCUCAACGAGGGCGAUCGCACCGAGCUGCUCUGUCGCUAUGGUCGCGCCAUCAACUACUGCCGCAUCGAGAUACCCGGCGAACAGAAGGUCCUCAAUCUGUCGCCCGUGUGGAGCAAGACGCCAGGAUUCACCUAUUUUGGAGCGGGCUUAACUGCCGGCCAGUGCGGCGUCAUCAUUGAGCGCGUCAAGGCCAGCAAUAAUGGCCAGGUCAAGUGCAGCCUGGGCGUCGAGGGUGAGGAGCUUUCCGGCACCAUUGACCUCGUCGUGGCAUUGCGUCCACAGCAGCCGAUUAUUGAGCUGAUAUCGAAACCGAAUCGUGAUGGUUUCUUUGCGGAGGGAACGGAAUUCAAUGCCCGUUGCAUUGUGCGCAAUGGUCGCCCGCCAGCAAACAUCUCGUGGUACAUUGACAAUAUGCCCGCCAACAAGCGCACGAGUCCUUUGCAGAUCAUUGGCACGCCCACCACCGACAACGUCAAAUUGUCCACCUCAGUGCAGGAGAUCCAAUGGCAUCUGGUGCCCGAGGACAGCAAUCGCAAAUUAGUUUGCCGCUCGCAUCAUCAAACCGAUCGCGAAAGUGUGCCGCCCCAGGAAGCUGCUUACGUUAUCAAUGUGCGAUAUGCACCCGUACAUCUGCCUGAGGCAUCGGUCUAUGGUCUCUAUUUGGAGCACACUGCCAUUGUGAAUAUUUCAAUCCGUGCCAGCCCACAGCCGAAAAUUGAGUGGACCAUUGAUGGAUUGGUUAUACCGGAAGGCAGAACCGAUGGACGCUACUCGGCCUAUGAGGCACAAUACGUGGGCAACGAUGAGUACAAUGUGACCCUAGCGAUUGCCGGACUCACACUAGAGGACACAACCAAAACGUACAAUCUGCGGGCGACCAAUGAGCUGGGCACCACCGAUUAUCAAGUGCGCAUCAGUUCGUCUAGCAAGCCGCCGAGCAGCAACUUGGAUGUGGCCGCCAUUGUGGGUAUCGUUGUGGCUGUUGCCGUUAUCGUCCUGAUUGUGCUGCUCGUUCUGUUUGCGCGCGCCACCGGCAGAUGGUGCUUUGGUGGUAAAUCAAUCAAGACGCCCACAAAUGAAACCAGCGACAAGCAGCUCGAGUCCGGCGAGGCAGCGCAUCAUGGCCAAAAUGUGGCGUUACUCGAGACUCCCAAUGGCAUAACGCUUCUAGGCGCCAGCAAAGUGCGCGAGCCAAAUGGCAAUGGUAAUGGCCAUAACCACGAGCGAUUCUCUGUGGAGCGACGUGUGCAGGAUGAGGAUGAUUCAUUUGAUUAUGGCACGGAUCGUGAGAGUAGUGUUUAUAAUCCGACAACAAUGCCGCUGCGCAAUGCGCUAAUGGCCCAGGCGGGCGGACGCAAUUCACAGAUGCGUAACGAGGCACCGGAACAAGAAGAAACUGUUACUGAGAAUUCGGAUUUGCUGCAGCGUGGCAAUCAGUUGGGCAUACCCGAGUCGCGAUUCUCGCGUUGGCUGCCCAAGGAUCAGCGUGAGCUGCUCGAAAAACAGGCCAAUCUGCUAUCGGGACGCACUCAGACAGUCACACCAACUCCAGCAGCAGCAACAGCAACAGCAGCAGUAAAAGCAACUCCGCCAGCAGCGCCACCAAAACCGAACAAAAAUCGACAAAUAUCAACAACGCCCACAACACCAAGGAUUCCACAGGAAACGGAAAUCUAAAUGUGUGUCUAUGUGUGUCUGUCUGUCUGUCUGUGUGUGUGUGUGUCUGUGUGUGCGCAAGAUUACAUAUUCUUACACUGCGAAAUAUAGAAUAGACUUGCGACUAAAUCUAAAAA